CGGAUGAUCAUUUUUAUUUGAAAUAGAGAGAGAAAAAUUGCAAUAGGAGAGAUGGAUGAGGGGAUCAAGAAUUUCAUUAAGGUAUGGAUUCUGGCAAUCUUAUCUCUUUGCUAUUGUUACUACUUAUCUGCAAAAAUCCCUAGGGGUCUCCUAAGGCUCCUCUCCAUCCUCCCUGUUGUCUACCUCUUCAUCCUCCUCCCCUUCAGCCUCUCCUCCCCCAAUCUCCGCGGCCCGACCGCCUUCUUUCUCGUAUGGCUCGGUAAUUUCAAGCUCCUCCUCUUCUCCUUCGAUCAGGGGCCUUUAUCCCCACCCCCAAGUAAACUUUUCCAUUUUAUUUCCAUUGCUUGCCUUCCAAUAAAAGUCAAGGAAGAUCCACCUUCCAAAUCCCCUCAAGCACUUGCAAAGACUAUAACCACUAAAAAUCUCCCAUAUCCCAAAUCAACCCUAGACCCACCAAGAGUUAGAGUGCCUAAGCCAAUUCUAUAUGGUGUAAAGCUAUUGGCUUUAGUUCUUAUUUAUCAUCUUUAUAACCAUAGAAAAAAUCUACCCAAAAAUGUGAUUUUAAUUAUUUACUGUCUCAAUCUUUAUCUUCAAUUAGAACUUGUCUUAGCCUUGUGUGCCACUCCAGCCAAAGCCUUCUUAGGGUUCGAGCUCGAGCCACAAUUCAAUGAGCCUUACUUAACCACCUCCCUUCAAGACUUUUGGGGUCGUAGGUGGAAUCUCAUGGUCACUCGCAUUCUACACCCUGCUGUAUAUGACCCAAUACACCGUGUUUCUACUGGUAUAGUUGGACCAAGGUGGGCUGCUCUACCAGCUGUUGUCGCAGCAUUUGGCGUGUCGGGUCUGAUGCACGAAGCAAUUUACUAUUAUUUGGCAAAUGUGCAUCCCACAUGGGAGGUGACUUGGUUCUUUGUCUUACAUGGAAUUUGUGUGGCUAUUGAGGUGGCGGUGAAGAAGAUUGUGAGGGAGAGUUGGCAUCUCAGUCCGCUGGUUUCAGGGCCAGCAACGGUGGCGUUUGUGGCGGUGACCAGCUUUUGGUUGUUCUUUCCGCAAAUUGUGAGGAAUGGUAUUGACGAGAAGGUUAUAAGGGAAGGCACAAUGUUUGUGGACUUUGUGAAGGGCAGUUUAAACCAAAUUACACUUGGAGUUUUUGCCCAAUAAAUACAAGUCCUAUUCACGUGCUCUGUGUUGUUUCUCUCGAGAUGUCAAAUUGAUUCAGUUAUUUUUAAAUUUGAUAUUAAAAAAAAAAAAACUCGAACAGUCGGGGAAGCCAUGUGAGCUUUUCCACAUUUUGUGACAAAAUGUUGUAUUAAAUUCAAGUGAAAGAG